CGUUACGGACGUGCCGUGUUUUAUUUUUACCGCGUUUUGUUUCCCUUUCGUUCUUUCCUUUUAUGAUUUAAGCCACCAUGUCGAAGGGCGACGGUGAACAACAAAACGGCUCCGGCGAGGAGUCCAAGACCAACCUCAUCAUAAACUACCUGCCGCAGAGUAUGACCCAGGAAGAGAUUCGGAGCCUCUUCUCGAGCAUCGGCGAGGUGGAGUCCUGCAAGUUAAUACGCAAUAAGGGGGCGGCCUUCCCUGAUGCACUGAAUCAUGCGCUGCACGGCGGAGGACAGAGCCUAGGCUACGCCUUCGUCAACUACCACCGCCCCGAGGACGCGGAGAAGGCUAUCGCGACUCUCAAUGGACUGCGCCUUCAGAACAAAACCAUCAAGGUAUCGUACGCCAGACCCAGUAGCGAGGCCAUCAAAGGAGCGAACCUAUACGUCUCCGGCCUACCGAAAACGAUGACACAGACCGAGCUGGAGAGAUUGUUCAGUCCGUACGGCCGCAUCAUCACAUCGCGCAUCCUUUGUGAAAAUUCCGGAGGAAGACCGUUCACUGGAGGAGAGCAGGGCCUGUCAAAGGGAGUAGGAUUCAUCCGCUUCGAUCAGAGAGUGGAAGCUGAGAGAGCUAUUCAAGAAUUGAACGGAACAGUACCUAAGGGAGCGACGGAGCCGAUCACAGUGAAGUUCGCAAACAACCCAAGCAACAACGGCAAGGCGCUGGCGCCUCUCGCCGCCUACUUACCGGCAGCGCUGCGCUUCCCAGCACCCCUCGGGAGAUUCAGCUCAGGCAAGUCCCUACUCGCUAUCAAUAAAGGUCUACAGCGCUACAGCCCGCUGGCGGGCGAGCUACUCGGCGGCGUAUUGCCGGGCGCCGUCGGCUCCGAGUGGUGCAUCUUUGUUUACAACCUAGCCCCCGAGACUGAGGAGAACGUCCUAUGGCAGCUGUUCGGACCGUUCGGCGCCGUCCAGAGCGUUAAAGUGAUCCGCGACCUGCAGACUAACAAAUGCAAAGGGUACGGAUUUAUAACGAUGACUAACUACGACGAGGCCGUCGUCGCUAUUCAGUCCCUCAACGGCUACACGCUCGGGAACAGAGUGCUGCAGGUAACUGGGUCAUGCAACCGUUAUUUCCCGUUAAAAAAAACUGAAAAGUUCCGAGUGAAGUCAGUUUUAGUGUCAUCUUAGGGGCUUCGUACAUGACCUUACUCAGUAGUCGCGUUAAGAGAGCGCGCGAGAGGGAUGGAGCUAUACGGGCGUACAUAAGGACCUCUCCGUCGCUCUCGUAGCUCCGUCCUUGUCUGUCACGACCGAUUAAGGUCCUGUGCGGAGCCUAGUAGAAUAAAUGUUGUUCGCUAUAUUUUGUAAGUCUGUGGUUUUCCAAACUCGUAGUGGAGCCCUACCGGGUCGAUAUUAGAUAAUGAUAUUGCGUUUUGGAAAAUCGCAUCGAACCGUACUUUAUUUAAAGUUCGGUCUAGAUAUUUUUUAAAGUACUCAUUCCUAAAAUAAGACAUUAUUAACCAAAUAUUUACAUCUGUAGUGGUGACUUGGCUGUUUUAAGUAAUUUAUUCAU